CCAGAAGUAAAUUCAUUGAAAACUUUCAUCGUUAAAAGCCUCAAAAUAUAUGUAGAAUUCUUAAAAGCAGAAUCGAAUAGAGAAAAUACUGACUAUAACUCUAUGGUUCUAAGUCGUAUUAAAGAAUUAGAUAAUAUUACUAUUAAUUUCAAGUUUCAAGCUGCAAGUCAUCUUCAAUAUGCUAAUCAACUGAAACUUAAAGAAGAGUGA